UGUCAAAAAAAGAACACUAUUUUCUUGUCGGUAUAUAUACAACGAAGCCAUCUCCCCAACCUUCUCCAUUCUCAUCGCCAUUGAUUCCUCUCGACUGCUCCCUUUGAAGCAAAGGGAGAGGCCAUCACCAGCUCCAUCGCCCCAGCUCUUCCCAAGAUUUGUAGGAAAUGGCUGAUGAGGAUAUCCAGCCUCUUGUUUGCGAUAAUGGAACUGGAAUGGUCAAGGCUGGAUUUGCUGGUGAUGAUGCACCUAGGGCAGUGUUCCCUAGCAUUGUAGGGCGACCACGCCAUACAGGUGUUAUGGUUGGAAUGGGCCAAAAGGAUGCCUAUGUGGGUGAUGAAGCUCAAUCUAAAAGAGGUAUCCUCACUUUGAAGUACCCUAUCGAGCAUGGCAUUGUCAGCAAUUGGGAUGACAUGGAGAAGAUUUGGCAUCACACUUUCUAUAACGAACUUCGAGUUGCGCCUGAAGAACAUCCAGUGCUGCUCACUGAAGCUCCUCUCAACCCCAAAGCAAAUAGAGAGAAAAUGACCCAAAUCAUGUUCGAGACUUUCAACGUGCCUGCAAUGUAUGUUGCCAUUCAAGCUGUGCUCUCCCUAUAUGCUAGUGGACGCACAACUGGUAUUGUGCUGGAUUCUGGUGAUGGUGUCAGCCAUACUGUACCAAUCUACGAAGGAUAUGCACUGCCGCACGCCAUUCUUCGUUUGGACCUUGCAGGUCGUGAUCUCACAGAUGCUCUGAUGAAGAUCCUUACAGAGAGAGGCUAUUCCUUCACUACCACUGCAGAACGGGAAAUUGUAAGAGACAUCAAAGAAAAGCUUGCUUAUGUGGCCCUCGAUUUUGAGCAGGAGCUGGAAACUGCAAAGACCAGCUCUUCUGUCGAAAAGAGCUAUGAGCUGCCAGAUGGACAGGUGAUCACAAUUGGAGCUGAAAGGUUCAGGUGCCCGGAAGUCCUCUUCCAGCCAUCCUUGAUUGGCAUGGAAGCUGCUGGAAUUCACGAGACAACAUACAACUCCAUCAUGAAGUGUGAUGUGGAUAUCAGGAAGGAUUUGUAUGGCAAUAUUGUGCUGAGUGGUGGCUCAACAAUGUUCCCAGGUAUCGCCGACCGUAUGAGCAAGGAAAUCACAGCCCUUGCUCCAAGCAGCAUGAAAAUCAAGGUAGUAGCCCCACCGGAGCGCAAGUACAGUGUUUGGAUUGGAGGCUCCAUCCUUGCUUCUCUGAGCACAUUUCAGCAGAUGUGGAUUUCAAAGGGCGAGUACGAUGAAUCCGGCCCAUCAAUUGUGCACCGGAAAUGCUUCUAAGUUGAUGAGAGCAGUAGUUUGGUUGUUCUUUAGGCAGUUUUUGUGUCGAUGUUGUUUUGUCUUUGUUUCAGGAUUAUAAGCUGUCACAAUACUUAUAUAUUUCAGUACCCCGUCUUGAGAUGUAUCUUCUUAUGCGUUUUAUGGCUAAGGAAGCCUUUUCCUUGCCAAUCUUUGUUGCUGUUCCUGUGUUUUGUAAAAUGACGCUGCCCUUUCUGUGUUAAAUGGAUGCCCUAUUUAGAAUUUAUUGAA